CCUUAAUUUCACUUUCGAUCACCCCGUGCGCUGGACUGAUGCAAACCCGAAUCUUUUUUUUUACUUUUAAAUCGUGACAUUGAUGUACCAUCGAAUAAAUGCGGCCUGCAUGUCACGGCUAAUGUUGCAAACGAACAUGGCGUCUCAUUAUUCCUGAUCCGCUUGAAUUAAAUGAGCAAACAGGAGAUUUCGCAAUAAGUCAAACAUGUUUAGAUUGAGGUCUUCAGCUGUGUAUUUUGUAUUUAGUCAUGCAUACAGGUUGCUUGAAUUGGCAUCAUGGGUUUAAUUGUUUGUUGGGGAUCCAUCAUAAUAAACGAAUCACAUAUUAAAUGAGAGAGAGAGAGGGAGGGAGAGAGACAGACAGACAGAGAGAGAGAGAGAGAUAUUUAGCAGCAUUGGUAGAAAGCAGACUGUGUAAAUUACAUUGGCAAAAUGUAUCACAUUAGUAUAACACACUUAACACGAUUACACACCAAUGCAAAAAAAUGCACACGACCUUCAUUCCCCUGGGGAGGAGCUGAUGAUGGUUGCAAAAAAAUAAUAAUAUAAACAUAUGAAAAAAUAAAAAAAUAACAAUAAUGUCUGGGAAUUUUGAAAGUGUGAUUUUUCAAGCCUGCAAAAGUUAUUGAAAUUAAUUAAAUCUUAAAAAGUUAUAGAAUAUAAAAAUUUUUUCUAGUUAUGCUCCGAUCUAAUAUAUUUCAGCAGUUAGACAUGGAGUGAAAUCUCUUUUAAAAUGGCUUAAAAUAUCCUAAUCAAGUAAUCACAAACAACUGGAAAACUCAUGGGCAUCUAUUACAAAUGAGUUUUUCUGUCUGUUUGCCUACCUGUAGACUGAGCAUGAACCCACGAGAUGUCCCAGCCACUGUGACCUUCGAAUCUGUCAAUUCUGUCACAUUUACUCAGGACACAGAUGGAAACAUAAUCCUGCACUACCCUCAAAACGAUGGGGAGGACUUGGGUUCUGACGAGGCUUCUGAACCGGCUCACAAACGCCCGCGAUUGUCCAAUGACGACGCAGAAGACCCUCAGGAUUCUACUUCAGCAGAGUACUCUGUUGUCACUUUACCAAUUACAGAAGGCGAUGAAAGUUUUGAGGUGACAAUGACUGCUACAGAGAUGAGAGAAAGAGAGCUGGAACAGGAUGAUCCGUCUCAGAUGCAGAACGAGGAUUCUUCUGGCCUACAGAAAGCUGAAGAUGUAUCAGCUGUCAGUCAAGCCUGGUUCACCACGAAAGAAGAUAAAGACACACUGGUUAACAAGGGUCACAAAUGGAAACAGGGUAUGUGGUCAAAAGAGGAGAUUGAUAUUCUGAUGAGUAACAUAGACAACUACUUGAAGAACCGAGGGAUCCAGGACCCUGCAGAAAUUAUCUUUGAAAUGUCCAAAGAGGAGAGAAAAGAUUUUUACCGCAGUAUUGCCUGGGGUUUGAACAGACCACUAUUUGCAGUUUACAGACGAGUACUACGAAUGUAUGACAACCGAAAUCACGUUGGCAAAUACACUGAUGAGGAGAUCAAUAAACUGAAAGAGCUAAGGGAGAAACAUGGGAAUGACUGGGCUACCAUCGGGGCAGCGCUUGGUCGAAGUGCUUCUUCUGUGAAAGAUCGCUGCCGACUCAUGAAGGAUACAUGCAACACCGGCAAAUGGACAGAGGAGGAGGAGAGAAAGUUGGCAGAGGUGGUCCAUGAGUUGACUGGCACAGAGGCUGGUGAUGUUGUUACUCAGGGCGUCUCUUGGGCAUCUGUAGCAGAACUCGUUGGCUCUCGCUCGGAGAAACAAUGUCGUUCUAAAUGGCUCAAUUAUCUUAACUGGAAACAGAGCGGCGGCACAGAAUGGAGCAAAGAAGAAGAUAUUAACCUUGUUCGUAGGAUAACUGAGCUGGACGUAGAGAAUGAGAAUGACAUUAAUUGGGAUACUCUGGCCGGUGGAUGGAGCAGCGUUCGCUCGCCUCAGUGGCUCCGCAGCAAAUGGUGGACCAUCAAAAGACAAGUGGCCAAUCACAAAGAACUUCCCUUUCCUGUUUUGUUGAAAGGCCUGCAGGAUGUUGUGGAAGCUCCACCAUCUACGGUGAACAAAAUCGUGGUGGUUGGUUCACGUUCUGCAAAUGCUCCACCCAGCCCUGUUACUGCACUGCACAUCCCAGUCCAGAUUCCAGUCCAGAUCACACAUGUCUCUUCCUCAGAUGGUGCAAGUGGCACCUCAGACAGUGAAACGAUCACAUUGAACUCUGGAGCUUUACAGACAUUUGAAUUACUACCCUCAUUUCACCUGCAGCCCACUGGUACCCCUGGCACCUAUUUUCUCCAAACAGGAACCAAUCAGAGCUUCCCACUCACACUCUCAGCCAAUCCCACAGUCACACUCACAGCUGCAGCUUCACCAUCUUCCCCAGACCAGAUUAUUUUACACAGCCUCACAGCUGAUAAUGAAAAUGUGACAGUUCAGAUGUCUCACCCGGGCAUCAUUAUCCAGACAGUAACCUCAGAAGACCUCUCUGACCAUCUUAGCCAUUCAGAGUUGGAAGCAGAGCAGGAUCUUGUGAAGGAACAGCCUUCAGACAACUCUGGGGAUGAGGAUCACGGUGAACUGAGUUCAGAGGAUGCACAAGUAGAAAAGAAAACAGUGGAGGAUUCAGGAAUAGUUGAAGAAGCCGUGCUUAUGGUUCCAUCCCCAAGUAACUUUAUUCCCUCUAGUGAAGAUAUCGGCACAGAUUCUGUCUUGCCCCUUGGAACACUGACAGAUCCCAUUUUGGAAAACCAGGAGGAGGGCUCAGACUGAAUGCUCACUGACCUGAAAAAUGGAAUAGUUGCUGUAUUAAGCAGGAUGCCCAAUCAAUCAGACUUCACUUUCAGGAAAAUCCAACAAUAAUGUUACAGAUAACUUAGCAAAACCUAUUCAACACACGUUACUAUCAAAGUCGCAUUACAAUGAUGGGUUUGGAUUGAAGCAUGUGAAAGUGGUCUGGAUGCAACUGACAUUUAGAGGCUAAAUCCUCUUACAUGUGGUCAAAUGCAGCUUUACAGCUUGCAAGAUCAUACAAAAGCAUUCGCAUGAAUUAUGUGCAUUGUAAUUACCUGAACCUCACCUGUGUCUCAAUGCAAUUACGAACAUUAAAUGCCCUGAUGAAGCAACACUUUUUAAAUGGUUUGUUUAAAAUUAUGUAAUACCCUUACUGUUACAAAGUUGUUGUUUUUUUGGUGCACAUUUCUUGAUUUUACUUGUUUUUGUAGCCCACUUUCCUGCUUAACAGUAAUACUUGAUAUCUAUUAGGGCUGGGCGAUAUGUACAUAAAAAAUAUUUUUAUGUACACGAGUACCUCGUCAACGAGUAGAUUGUCAACCCCCCUGCCGAGGGUCGCUGAAUGUUUUUGCUUCAAAAAAGAAAAGAAAAUAGAACUCAAAUUUAGGUUCAAGGUGAAUGUGUCUUGUGUGACUUUAUGAUUUAAUCACUUUCAUCUUUGUAUCUUUAAUAUAAAGAUAUAUAUUACUGAACCUGCAGAGUUGCGUUCACAAUGAAAACUCUUUACGUACGCUUGUUCCACGUGACAGGCUCGUGCUGCACACCCCUGAAUAAACAGCGGAUCAAAACAUGCGGAAAAAGCCGCAUUUCCAUCCCUUGUGUUCAAAAGAACAAAAUCGUCACUUCCGUGGACGGGCCGUAGCUAGUGGGGUGAAAUGUGUUAAUAAUUCUUGGGGCUCAAAGGUCCAUGGGGGCCCACAACAAAUUUGAAACUGUAUUAUUUUAAUAGGUAGGGGGCCCAGAGCAAAAUAAUUCCUAAAAUGGAAACAUAGCUAUUGACACCUUUUCUUUUGUCUGUUCUUAAAAUAUAAUAAAGUGUGUUUUUCAAGUGCAUGUCUUUGUGACUAACAGCAUUUGUUGUCAUGUGUCACUCCGAGACGUCUUACAGGUCACCCGCCUGUUGCGGGUAGAUUGAAAUACAUUUGGAUGAGGAGCUUGUGCACUGGAUUCAGCCUCAUCGCAUUUUGCGGGUGUUAGUUUCGCACCCUGGGCUACUGUUUAAUAUAUUUGGCGACUUCUCAGAUCCAUGGUUUUGAUAUUUCCCGAUAUUGUCGAUCAUGUCUGUUCGGAAUCGGCUUCGGGAUCUUUGUAAGACAUUGUCAGUAUUCGAUUACAUCGUCCUAUCGCCCAGCCCUAAUAUCUAUGUGAUGCACUGUUUCUCAUACUAAAUAGGAUGUACCUAAAUGUUUGAUUUAUUCCAAAUAUCCACUAGGUUAGACAGCCAUAAAUUAUCAAAGGGUUUACAUUUUCACCUAACCUGUAAGUUAGUGCCUCUGUAUUUAUUUAUUGAAUAAACAAAGUAUUGUCACCACUUGCAUGUCAAUGCUUUUUUUAACAGUUCUCAAUACUAAGAUGAAUUGUUUCUGGGAUUGUUGGAUUAUUGUAGUUCAGGAACACGACUGUGGAUGUGAAUGUUGUGGUUAAAUCCCUGAUUAAUUCAGUACAUUCCUGAUUCAUCCAUUAAACCUUGAGCUAUCGUACUGGAAAGCCUACAUUUUUGUUAUUGUAUCUAUAUUGAGUCUAUAGACUUGCGUUGAGUUUUUGGAGUAUCAUCCUCAAAUGUAAACCAGAACAUGACCAUAUGGAUAAAGACCUGCAUUUCAAUGUCUUUGACAUUAUAGUCUCUUAUUUGUUUUUCUUAAUGCAUUUUAUACAAACAAAUUGCGUAUAUUUCAGUCUAUUUGAGCAUUUUCCAAUUUGUUCCAAAACUGUUUGGAGUAAUUCGUAGAUUACAGGGUGUGUGUAUUUUCAAAAUUAUUAUUAAUGAAGAGGUUACAUGUACACAAUAUAAUUUGUCACACCACAGGACCAGUGAACAGAAAACAGAAGCUUAAAGAUUAAAAAUGCUAAAUAUCUUGUGACUAGAUACAUCAUCUAACUAGAUUACUUUUGAAUCGUAAUCUGGUACUGAUUACAAAUUACAUGACGACAAUUUUAGUCAGUAAUGUAAUCUCUUGGAUUACAUACAAUUGGUUGAUUUGGGAUUACUGUUAGAUUACUUCUGACCUAAUACUUGUUAUUUGAUUAACUUGUACCAUUUUGACAUAUUGCUUACUGAACAAAAUGAAAAUGUACUUAUUGGAUCGAAAUAUGAGUAUUUAUGAUUUGUGUGUGAUUUACUUGCUACUUUGUGUGUUUCAGAGUGAAAUAAAA